GAUUACUCUUUCAUUAAUUAGUGGCUAUCCUGCAUCUUCCUUCCUUCCUUUAAACUUCCGAGUAAUACUUAGUAACGGUUGUUGCCAACAACCCUCACUCACUCAACACUUUAUUUUCUCCUUAUAAAGCCCCUUAAAUUCGUAGAUUCAAUCUAAACAAACAAUCCAUGGCGGCGCAAGUUUCCGACCACCUUGAGCCGUGGCACACCCUCGCCGGAAAAGUGGUGAUGGUUACCGGCGCUUCCUCCGGCCUCGGCCGCGACUUCUGCCUCGACCUCGCCCGCGCCGGCUGCCGGAUUGUCGCGGCGGCACGCCGCGUCGACCGACUCGUGUCGCUCUGCGCCGAAAUUAACCGACAGUUGCCGCCGCAGGAAAUCGGCGACGCUGAACGGAGCCUCCGCGCCGCUGCGGUGGAACUGGAUAUCACAGCCGACGGCCCUGCCAUUGAGAGGUACGUGCAGAAGGCGUGGGAGGCGUUUGGCCACAUUGAUGCGUUAAUCAACAAUGCCGGUAUUAGAGGAAAUGUGAAAUCAGCCUUGGAAUUAUGUGAGGAGGAAUGGAAUCAAGAGUUCAAGACGAACAUAACUGGGACCUGGUUGGUGUCAAAAUAUGUGUGCAAACACAUGAGUGAUGCACACCGGAAAGGGUCAAUUAUCAACAUUGCUUCAAUUGCAGGUUUGAAUCGCGGUCAAUUGCCUGGAGGUGUUGCAUAUUCAUCUUCGAAAGCAGGCGUUAAUAUGCUCACAAGGGUGAUGGCAUUGGAAUUGGGGCCACAGAAAAUAAGAGUGAAUUCCAUAUCACCUGGACUUUUCAAAUCUGAAAUCACUGAGAAAUUAAUGGAGAAAAAUUGGUUGAAUAACGUGGCCUUGAAAACAGUACCCUUGAGGAAAUUCGGCACUGCCGAUCCAGCAUUAACAUCGAUGGUUCGUUUUUUAAUUCAUGAUUCUUCUGAAUAUGUGUCAGGCAACAAUUUUAUUGUGGACGCCGGAGCCACCUUACCAGGUGUACCUAUUUAUUCCUCCCUUUAAAUGAAAGGAUGUAUUCUUCUUUGGUCUAAACUAAGAUGAUUGAUUUGUCAUGAUUUAAACAAUUGUUUUGAUGAAAAGAAAAUUAUUUUGGAACACAAGUUAU